AUGGCGUCUUCGACCCCUUCUUCAUCGGCUGCCUCCUCCACCGCGGGAGCGGACCCCAAUACUGCCAACCUGCGUCCCACAACGUAUGACACCUGGUGUGGCGUGGCCCAUGGAUGCACCAAAAAACUGGGGCUCAAGAUCUGCGGCUUCUUGCAAAGGACCAACAGCCUGGAAGAGAAGAGCCGGCUGGUGAGCGCCUUCAAGGACAGGCAGGCCUCCAAGAACCUGAUUUCCUGUGAGAACAGCGACAGGGAUGGCCACUUCAGGCGCACCGAGACCGAUUUCUCCAACCUGUUUGCUCGAGAUCUGCUUCCAGCUAAGAACGGGGAGGAGCAAACUGUGCAAUUCCUGCUGGAGGUGGUGGACAUCCUCCUCACCUAUGUCCGUAAGACAUUUGAUCGCUCCACUAAGGUGCUGGACUUCCAUCACCCACACCAGCUGCUGGAGGGCAUGGAGGGCUUCAACCUGGAGCUCUCUGACCAACCUGAGUCCCUGGAGCAGAUUCUGGUGGACUGCAGAGAUACCCUCAAGUACGGGGUCCGCACAGGUCAUCCUCGAUUUUUCAAUCAGCUCUCCACUGGACUGGAUAUCAUUGGAUUAGCUGGUGAAUGGCUGACAUCAACUGCCAAUACCAAUAUGUUUACUUAUGAAAUUGCUCCAGUGUUUGUCCUCAUGGAGCAAAUAACGCUUAAGAAGAUGAGAGAGAUAGUUGGAUGGUCAAAUAAAGAUGGUGAUGGGAUAUUUUCUCCUGGGGGCGCCAUAUCCAACAUGUACAGCAUCAUGGCAGCGCGAUACAAGUUCUUCCCAGAAGUUAAGACAAAGGGCAUGGCAGCCGUGCCCAACCUGGUCCUCUUCACCUCAGAACAUAGUCACUACUCCAUAAAAAAGGCUGGGGCUGCACUUGGCUUUGGAACCGACAAUGUGAUUUUGAUAAAGUGCAAUGAAAGGGGGAAGAUAAUUCCUGCUGAUUUAGAGGCAAAAAUUAUUGAAGCCAAGCAAAAGGGAUAUGUUCCUCUUUAUGUCAAUGCAACUGCUGGCACGACCGUUUACGGAGCCUUUGAUCCGAUACAGGAGAUUGCAGAUAUAUGUGAGAAGUAUAACCUUUGGCUGCAUGUCGAUGCUGCCUGGGGCGGUGGGCUGCUCAUGUCCAGGAAGCACCGUCAUAAGCUCAGUGGCAUAGAAAGGGCCAGCUCGGUGACCUGGAAUCCUCACAAGAUGAUGGGCGUGCUACUGCAGUGCUCCGCCAUCCUCGUCAAGGAGAAGGGAAUACUCCAAGGAUGCAACCAGAUGUGUGCGGGCUACCUCUUCCAGCCGGACAAGCAAUAUGAUGUCUCCUACGACACCGGGGACAAGGCAAUUCAGUGUGGCCGCCACGUGGACAUUUUUAAGUUCUGGCUGAUGUGGAAAGCAAAGGGAACAGUGGGAUUUGAAAAUCAGAUUGACAAAUGCUUGGAGCUGGCCGAAUACCUCUAUGCCAAAAUUAAAAACAGAGACGAAUUUGAAAUGGUUUUCAGUGGUGAGCCCGAGCACACCAACGUGUGUUUCUGGUACAUCCCGCAAAGUCUCCGGAGCAUGCCGGACUGCCCUGAGCGACGGGAAAAACUCCACAAGGUGGCUCCCAAAAUCAAAGCCCUGAUGAUGGAGUCCGGCACGACCAUGGUUGGCUACCAGCCGCAGGGGGACAAGGCCAACUUCUUCCGGAUGGUCAUCUCGAACCCGGCCGCCACGCAGUCCGACAUCGACUUCCUCCUUGAGGAGAUAGAACGCCUGGGCCAGGAUCUGUAA